ACGCGUCCGUCGGAUCCACUGGUCAGUCCGUGCAUGUGCGUGCGCCGUGAUAGCAGCAUCACCAUGAAUCGUGUCAUUUUGGUGUCAUUUUUGUGCGUCUGUGUGCUCGGGUACAUAUCCUCCGUCGAUGGAGUUCCGGCACGUGGGAAGCAACCGGCCAAUAGGUCGUCGGAAGAAUCGGGCGAAAUGGAACAAUCGAACAGCCGGGAGCGUGCAAUGGAGCGAAAGGGCCCGGGAAAGCGACAGAAGGGACAAUCGUCGAAGGAGAGUGGCGAGAUGAAAAUGAAGCGUCCCCGACCGCCUCCACGUCGAAGGAAUAAGAAUAGGAACAAAAAUCGAUCAACGACCACCACCACAACGACUUCCACGACAACGGUUUCACCAGCGACGAACCCUUCGAGCCCUGCUUCAGUUUCCCAGUCCACCACGACGACGCCAGCCGCAACUAGAGCAGCCACAUCCACUACUCCGGUAUCAACUACUUCAGCUACGAGUACAUCCACUACUCCGUCAUCUACGACUUCAGCUACGAGUACAUCCACAACUCCGUCAUCUACGACUUCAGCUACGAGUACAUCAACAAGCUCGUCUUCUACAACGCUUUCAAGCACUACCCAAGGACCAUCAACGACCCCUACGACUACUACGUCCAGCACAACCACAACGGCGAGUUCGACCACUUCUACCACAUCCAGCUCUUCUUCCACCACAGACCGGGGCCGACCGUCGCCACCGACCCGUCCUGGUCAUGCCGAUUAAGCAGUCAUCAAGCAACAGUCGCACCGAUUGGUAAUAAAAUACGGUUCACUUUAUUAA